AUGGGUGUAAUCGCCAAGACGUUAGUGGGCGAACUGCUUAGCAGUCUGGACCCAGUGCAGAUUCUCUUGGACCAGCCUGGCGUCAUCAUCAAAGGCAAACUGGCGGAUGACAGUAAGAACUACAUGGGCUGCUUGCUGGUUGUGCAACACGAGACGCCAUUGAAUGGAAUACCCUCGUUUAAAGGCCGCACAGAAGAGUCGACACCAGCAACGUCCCCCACAUCUUCGCUCGGCGCAUUGUUUGAGGAGACCACCCUACAACGCGAGGGCGUCGUGGGGAGUGCGCUACAGAGCAGAGACAGUGUCUAUCUUAUUUGGGUGCCGUAUACAUUUCUUGCCGUCAAGUUUCCAGCGCUGCUGCCGGUGUGCCUCAGCCACCUCGUUGGCGACGCCAACCCGGGCCACGUGGAGGAGGAGUGGAAGUACAUUAUGUGCACAUCCUUAAGUAGUGUUUCCAAGGUGCAGCGCCACUCGAAUCAUCGUGGUGUAAGUGACAUUACCCUGUUCCUCCUAGACGGUAGAGCUGCCUACCGGCUCAUAUUCCACCAAGGCGGCCUCACGAACUUCCUCAAGGAGCUGAAAAAGGUAUCACCAUUACAGCAGAGUCGUGUCGAUGCGGAUGAAUUCAUUAUUUAUGGAAAUGACGAUGCGGGAGUUACUGCCACGACAGCGGCAAUAACUAGGUCUAGAUCAUCUGAGAGGAGUGGUGGGAUUGUGAAUAGUACACCGCGCCGUGUAGCCUCGUUGCAACCGUUUCGGGAUCCUGUGGGGGGUUCUUCCGAUGCACGGCGAGCGCUGUACGAACAAGAGAAUCUGUCUGGCGGAGCACGGCUUCGGGCGUCUAUUGCGACCACAAUUACUGGCGUACGCUCUCUGUUUCGCAAUUCGCCGGAGCCUAAUGCACGUUCACCGUCUGCAGCGUUGCACCGCGACCCUUUUGUUCUGACGGCUGAAGAAAUUAUGGUGGAUGAACCAUUUGAACUGCUGGAAGGCCUCAUCCCAGUAGAAGACCAGGUGCCGAUUAUUCCACAACCGCGGGGGCGUGGCAUGGGACCCCCACUCACUGCUGUAGAGUGGAACGCCUGCUUUGUUGGUGAGGAACGUCGUCUCGAUUUGGGUCAGUACGCCAAGGCUAAGGCGAUUGCCUUCAUUGGUGGUGUAGCGGAAGAAAUACGUCUGCAGGUGUGGAGCUUUAUGCUCCAGGUGUACCCGAACGAACAGGACUCUACGGAGGCGCAGCGGCAGAUGAUACGUGAACGCUACGGUCAAAUGUAUGAGAAGCUCAAAUUACAAUGGCAGAGCAUUUUUCCCGAGCAGGAGGCACACUUCUCCGCCUUCCGCGAGGUGCGUAGUGCGAUUGAGAAGGAUGUUGUGCGCACUGAUCGCGCCCAUUCAGCAUACACAGACGACAAUGGAGUGAAGCAGCGAAUGUUGUAUAAUGUACUCAUGUCCCAUGCGAUGUUUAACUUUGAUCUAGGCUACUGUCAGGGCAUGAGUGAUAUGCUCUCCCCCAUUGCACUUCUCGCAGACACCGAGGUGGAAGCGUUUAUGUGCUUCAGCUCCUUUCUCGGUGAGCGGUGUGAAAACCAUUUCCUACGGGACGUCAAGAAGGGCAUGAAAGAGGAGCUUGAUGCAUUGUGGUUGCUCAUGCGGUACUUUGUGCCGCGGCUGUACCACCACCUGCAAAGUCAGCAUGCGGAUGACAUGUCGUUUUGUUUUCGUUGGCUGAUCAUGCUUUUUAAGCGUGAGUUCUCACUUAACGACACCAUGCUACUGUGGGAUGUUAUCAUGUGUUGCCCGUACACGUCACAUUUUGAGUUGAUCGUCGCUGCCGCACUUCUGAGGGCCCUGACACCACAGAUAUUAGAACAACAUUUGACGUACGACGAGCUCCUCAAAUUUGCAAACAGCACUGCUGGAAACCUCAAUGUGCGUCAUGUGAUCCUGCUGGCGCAGGAAUUCUAUGAUGAGGUUGCGGCCCACAUCAUGGCAAUAGACAGCCAGGGGAUAAACUUGGAUAACUAUCAACCGUCGUUGAAGGACAUUCUGCAAGUAUUGAAGAACAUCAGAAGAUGA